AUGGACGGCAAAGAGUUCGGUGCCGUUCCCGGCUUGCCGGCUGGAUUGGACUACUUUAUGAUGCCUCGAGUCGCUCAACCGACACCGCAAUUCGACUUUAGAAAACUCGGAGCGAGCUUCAGCGGCCGUGAUGAAGAAAAAUUUGACGAAAGACGCACCCCGGAUUAUCCGUCGGAGCGAAGAGAUGCGCCUGCACCCUGGCCGCUCGGUCUUGGUGUUCAGUUCGUCAACCCGGCCACGGGAAAAAAACGAGUGCAGUGCAAUGUUUGUUUAAAAACUUUUUGCGAUAAAGGCGCGUUAAAAAUUCAUUUUUCGGCUGUGCAUCUACGGGAAAUGCACAAGUGUACGGUCGAGGGUUGUACUAUGAUGUUUAGUUCGCGGCGUUCGCGUAAUAGACAUAGUGCUAAUCCCAACCCGAAGCUACAUUCACCGCACGUAAGACGCAAGAUAUCAGCGCACGAUGGCCGAUCAGCUCAACCAUUCCCCUUGUUACCGGCAUUGGGGCGAUUACCACUUCCGUCUCCAGCACUGCUGCCGCCUGAAUUAGCAGCAAGGCUGCCUCCACAACUGGCAGGUCCACACGGACCUACACCACUGCCUCCUCGCGUGCCCCUUGAAGACCUGCGCAACUUCAGUGAAAUUGAAAAAAUGUACAGGAAGAUUCCCACCCCUGAAGACUCUUCACGUCAUGCUUUGGACCUCGUAAAGCCUCAAGUGAGCUCAGACUGUGAAUCUUUUAGUUGCAAUGAUAGUAGUUCUGAAGUUUUGGACGUUGAAAAACAAGAGCAUAUUGAUUAUCAAUCAUCACCUGGGACAGAAAGACAGGGCUACGAUGAUGAGCCGGAAGAUUUGACUGUGAAUAAAAAGAAGGAUGACAUUAAGCCAGCAGAUGGUAAGCAUACUGAAAUAAGUACCAGUAAUAGAACCGACACCACCGCUGAAGAUAAAUCAUCAUUAAUUCCAAACAAACGAAAGAGAAAAAGUGGAAACCCAACAAGGUGUUCUCAAAAUAAUGAAUAUAGUGUAUCGGAUGAAGAAUAUAAUAGCGAUUUAUUUAAAAAUUUAUCAGUCGCUGGUACAAGUCAACAAACAGAAGAACCUUUAUCUCUUAAAAAGCAAAAGCCUGAAAAAUGGGAGCCAUUUCAGAAUGGCGACGAAACAAAUGUGGAAGCGGAACAAAUGAGCCGUGUAAAAGCGGAAAGUGAAUCUGAUGAUGAAUCAAGUGCUCCGAGUGUAGUAAGAGAAGGUUUAAGAUUACGUUCAGACCUUUACACGCCUAGUGACAGUGGCAGUGACUUACAUGCGUUAGAAGAGAGGCUUGCGCGAGUGCGAUCUCCUUCAGGAAGUAGUGACAGGACUGACGACAGAGCUGACAUAAAUGACAUCGAAAUCCCGAUAGACGAAGAAAAUCCCGAUCGAUGUACUGCGUGUGGAAAAAUAUUUCAAAACCAUUUUACGCUCCGUAUGCACUACAGAAACGAUCACCUGAAACUUCAUCACCCUUGCGAUGUGAGCGGCUGUGAUGCUGCAUUUCCUUCACGACGCAGUCGAGACAGACACAGCUCUAACAUAGACUUGCAUAGAAGAUUACUAUGUACCUCAUCACCAGACAAUCGCGAGCGUCCCCCAUUUGAAGUAAACGCGGAAUUGUUAAAUAAGUUAUAUUCAGACAUCAAAGGGCUCGCCUCGACACUUGAAUGCCUUCGAUAUAACGGCGACGAAGCUUCACAGUUGCCUAAUUAUGUAUCUGAAACAAUGAAGUUCUACAGUCGAAACCUAAGUGCUCUACAAGCUGGUCUGUUUCCUCAACUCGGAGAGCGGUUUCUUCCAGCUCCGUUUCUGAUGAACAAUGGAGCUUCACAACCAGGAGGACUAUACGGGGCCCCGGCAGGAGCUCAGUCAGUUAGGGAGUCAUUAUCCCCAUUAUCCGCCUCAUCUCCUCCAGUUAUAUCGCCCGGGAGGCUAGACGCAGCGCACGCGCGCCCGCGUGACGAUGCUAAGCUGCUUUUUCGAGAGACUUCUGAAUCAUUUAAGAAAAUGACCUCCCUAUGCGAGCGACAGGAGCAAUUGUACCAACACCACGUUCCCGUGUCAUGA